UUAAAGUAGCAUUUUUGUUAUUUGGAUUUUUGAUAAAAAUAGAUUUUGUUUGUUUGAUAAAUUAAUCAUAAUUGUAAUUUUUUUGAUGCAAGAAAGGAGUCGCAGCUAGUAACUAUUUAUAACUAGCGUUUUAAAUCUAACUUCAUCUUCUAUUUCUAUUAUUUGCGCUAUUUUAGUUCUGUUUGCAUAUCUAAAAAUAAAAGAAUUUAAAACAUUAUCGAUUAAGCUUUAUUGCUUUAUGGUUAUUUCUGACGCUAUGUAUUCGAUUGCAUGGUUUUUCAUUCCACAGACUAUCAAAGGAGAUGAAAUAGAAAACAAUUGGAGUUGCUAAGCUAGUGCAUUUUUACUCUAAUUUGGCUAAUUAUCUUCUGUAUUUUGGAGCACCAUGAUAAGCCAUGCUAUUUAUUCUGCUAUUAUAAAAGGUCAUAUUGAAGAAUCAUCUCUACUAAAAAAAUACAUGGUAAUUACUUAUGGACUUUCUGGCUUAAUUUCAUCUGUACCGUUUAUUAAUGGAUCGUAUGGGCCAGUUGAGUAUUUUUGCUGGAUCUAGAUAAGUCAACAUGAUAAAAUAGGCACAAAUUAAAUAAGAAUGAGCCUAUUUUACUUACCUAUCUGGGUUCUCUUCUUAAUAUAAAUAUUUUUUUACUACAAAAUUGAUAGAUUUGAAAAGAAAAUAGCCAAGGGUAACAAUCUUAAGCACAAGACUCAUAGAAAGUUUAUAUAUUAUUCUUUGAUUUUUAUAGAAACUUGGAUAUCUCCUACUAUCUUAAGAACUUUAAAUAUGUCAGAAGUAACCUCAUAAUCUGUUUUCCCCUUAGCUUGUAUAGCUAUAGUUACUUCAAGGCUUUAGGGAUUCAUGAGGUUUCUAUUAUAUGUGUUUAGCAAAAAAAUAACAAAAAUAAUAAAACAUUAUCUGACAAGUAGUAGAAUAGCUUCUUAUCAUACAUCAUCUCAAAGUAAUCCUGACAUUAAAUAAAAUUCAAGAAAAUCUUAAAAGGCCAUUUUUAAAACAAUUCAAAACUCUCCAUAAAAAUAGAAAUUAUCAAUUAAUAAUGAAAAAUAAGACCAAAACACUAGUAUAAGCAAUAAUUAAGAAGACUUAGAAUAUGAUAAUAUUAAAGACAGAGAUCUUUCUUUUUUAUCUAUAGAAAUGUGAAAAUGCUGCUUAGUUUAUUAACAGAUAAUUUUAAAUUAUUCAAAUAUAACUUAUUAUUUUAAUUUGCAAAAUAUAUUAUCAUUCAGAUUUGUCUAAUUUAAUAUUUUUAUUUAUUUUCAGAUUACUAUCUUAAACAAUUUAGUAUGUAUCUUAUUUCAUAUUCAAAUUAUAAAUUGAAUCUCUCAA